AUGCGCAUCCCCAUCAGAGAGCAGCUCGCUGGCUUGAUCCUGCUGGCUGCUGCCAUAGGCCUUGCUGUCAUAUCUAUAGCCACAUGGUACACCAGCCACAACUUCAUUCUUGAAAUCAGAACCACCAGACUUUCCUUAACCGCUUCGCUCAAAGCUGCCCAGAUCGCAUCCAACCUCGCCCUCAUACAAAACAGCGUCCAGCUUGUCUCGAGUCGUUUGGUUAUGCAGAAUGCCCUGAGGAGAUACAACCUGCAAGGAAACAACACGGCCGCCAACUGGCUCUCGGCUCAGUCGGACUUCAAUGCCGCUAUCGCCGGUCCUGCUUCCGGCGCCGUCGGCCAGGCCUUGAUGUUGCAGGGCAAGAUCUUUCCACGAGAUGCCAACGGUCCCAAUGGCUACUCUUCGGUUUUGAAUGCUACUUCGGAGAACCUUGAGACGAUCCUUCUUCCCUACAAAGCGCCGAACGGAAGCGACGUUUACCUGAGCGACACCGACUACGGCUACCCACCCGAGCUCUAUCCCAAUCUGACCUACUUUGCCGUCCCCGUCAACAACUCCUACAGCGAAUCGCGCGCUCGGUACAACGGAGAGGUCCUGCAGAGUCCUAAUUCGACUCUGCUCCUCGGGCCCUAUCAUGUCAACACUACCUUCAGUCUCUUAUCUCUCACCAUGCCUGUUAUUAAUAACACCUCGGCCAUUGACGUUCUAGGCUGGCUGACCAUCGUUUGUGAUGCUCGUCUCAUUGGUAGUGUUAUCGCCUCAGCCGAGGGCUUGGGUUCUACUGGUCUGACCCUUAUCGUUGGUCCUGCCAACACUACCAACCACUUUCCCAACGGUCUGCUCUACAGCUCGAGCGACAAUACUUCAGUGCCUUACAAUGACAUUGGAGGCCGCUUCAUCUGGCCUCUGCCCAACCAGCACUCGGACCGCCACCCAGGCUCCUCAGGAGCCAUCAAUCCCCCAUCGUUCCCCAUCACCAAGUAUCCCGCCGUGGUCACUGCUCUUACGCAAGAUCAACAUUCUAUAGGAAAUGCGGGAGGUGAUAUAAGCACACGUGAUGAAGCUGGCAAAGGAGUUUCUGUGGGCUUCGCCAUCCCGGAUACUCGCCUCGUGGAUUGGGUUGUGAUUGUGGAACAAGAUAAGCGCGAAGUGUGGCAGCCGAUUCGUCACCUUCGCAAGGUUCUAUUGACUUGCAUCUUUUCAGUUCUAGGCGGUGUAAUAUUAUUUGCUUGGCCGCUCGCGCAUUUUGCAAGCGCUCCUAUUCGAAGACUCAGAGAGGCUACACGCAGAUCCGUGCUGCCUAUGGGAUAUUCAGAAAGCAACUACAGUCGGGACUCGCACGAAAUGUUCAACAACAACGAUGGCGACGGAAGCAACGAUGAAGACCCCGAUGCAGUGAUAGCUCGCAAAGAAGGCUUCUUCGCAACCGUGACCAGCUGGAACGCUAGGAAACAACGUUCGCGAAAGGACCGCAAGGAAGAACAUCGAAGACGUCAAUUCCACAUUCCCGGCAAAGUCAAGGAACGCAAGACCUGCAUUCAGGAUGAAUUGACCGAUCUUACACGGACUUUCAACGAGAUGUCAGAUGAACUCAUGAUGCAAUAUGAACGCCUGGAGGAGAGGGUAACGCAACGUACAGCGGAGCUCGAGCUGAGCAAAAAGGCCGCUGAAGCAGCUAACGAGAGCAAGACGCUUUUCAUCGCAAACAUAUCGCACGAGCUCAAAACUCCGCUGAAUGGUAUCCUGGGAAUGUGUGCUGUCUGCAUGCAAGAGGAAGACCCGACAAAGUUGAAGAGAUCUUUGGGCAUCAUCUACAAGAGCGGCGACCUUCUUCUGAACCUCCUUACAGACUUGCUCACUUUCAGCAAGAAUCAGGUCGGUCAACAACUGAGCCUCGAUUCUAAAGAGUUCCGAUUGCGCGAGAUUAGCUCACAGGUUCUGGCUAUUUUCGAUAAACAGGCCAAGGAAGGGCAGAUCACACUGCGCGUCGAGUUCCAGGGUGCCGAGUCUAUGAACGGUAUCGUCUUCCCGUCCGAUGAAGAGCGGACACAAUAUGGACCUGCUGGCACAGGGCGUGUCAAAGACAUGAUUCUCUGGGGCGACGUUCACCGCAUUCUGCAGGUGGUUAUCAACCUUGUCUCAAACAGUUUGAAGUUCACUCCAGCUGGUGGAUCGGUCGUCCUCAUCGUCCGCUGUUCAGGAGAAGCCGCAGAAGUUAAUAGCCGUAAGACGUCUCUUCAAUCACGGAGCUCGAAGCCCAUCUCCAGCAGGCACAAGAACUCUGAAACGUCGAUCGCUGGACCAUUCGGAGCCAAAAACUCCGCUACUGCCAAUGAGAUUAACCCAUACCGAGAGAGGUCCGAUGCUUACGCACAAAUUCUUGCUUCUGAACGACCAGCAUCUCCACCUCCUGGACGGACUCUACUAUUCGAAUUCGAGGUCACUGAUACUGGGCCUGGUAUUGCGGAACAUCUUCAGCAACGAAUCUUCGAGCCUUUUGUCCAAGGUGAUCUUGGCCUUAGCAAAAAGUUUGGCGGCACCGGUCUGGGCUUGAGUAUUUGCUCGCAGCUCGCCACAUUGAUGAAGGGCACUAUCGAUUUGGAGAGCGAACUCGGAAGAGGCAGCACAUUUACUAUGCGUAUACCUCUUCGGCAUGUCGUGACCAGAUCUGAUAGUACUGCGAGCUCAGUUGUUGGUAACAACAACGAUAUCGGACUCGAAGGAAGCCGCUCACCACAACGUGUGAGUCAGCUUAUCACCGACGAUGCACAAUCACACCGAUCCGGUCAUUCGCACACUAGUACUGGUAAAUCACCAACAGUUGUCCAGGCCCAAGCCCCCAAUGCACAGAAUUAUUCUAACGAUGCGCAACCUCGCUUGGUCGGUCUGAGUCAGCCCUUCUUCUCGUCGAAUCAAGCCAUGGAGUCUCCCGGGUCUCAAGCAGCUGCAAUGGAAAAGAUUACGAAUGACGCCAAAGAUACUGGCAAGAUUCGAGUGCUUGUUGCUGAAGACAACAAAGUCAACCAGGAAGUGGUCUUGAGGAUGCUCAAGCUUGAGGACAUUUACGAUGUGACGGUGGCAAAGGAUGGUCAAGAAGCUCUGGACUUUGUCAGAGAGAGCAUGACAAUUCCUGGACGUCACCCAUAUAACCUCAUCUUCAUGGACGUCCAGAUGCCCAAUCUUGACGGUCUCCAAUCAACACGACUCAUUCGUGAGAUGGGCUAUGACGCUCCCAUCGUUGCUUUGACCGCGUUCGCCGAGGAAAGCAACGUCAAAGAUUGUCUCGAUUCAGGCAUGAACUACUUCCUCAGCAAGCCGAUCAGACGACCAGCGCUGAAGAAGGUCCUGAAGGAAUACUGUCCGCCCAUCAUCGAAGUUGACGAAGAGGUCAGCCCCAUGGCCGAGAAGCCACAGCCUAAGCCCAAGCCGAUGGCUCAACCUGCGCCCAAAAUUCAGGAACCCUUAGCGCGAAGUCAGUCGCCACCUCCGAGACCAAUGUCCCCAGCGAUAUCCGUCCACUCUAUUGGCAACUCGGGUACCAGGACUACAAUCGUGAACCAGAACUCCAGGCCUAAUUCCCUGGAUAUCCCGCGCCCUCGCUUCUCUGGUGAACAUUAG